AGAGUCUCUGCCCACUCAUUUCCAUUUAGCUGUCCCUGAUCAGCCAACCACAUGGCUGCAAUUCCGGGAUUUUUUGGUGGAGCAAUUACUAGCCAACUUUAGGGCUUUCUGGUAAACCCUUAUCUGGGAAGGAACCAGAACUAUUAGAGAUUAAGGCAGUUUUCUUUCCUGAAAAACUACCCAAGGAACUGUGGUAAAGUCUUCUACUUCUUUCUUCAUCAGCUACCUGCAGGCUGUAAUUUCCUUGAAGACAUAGAUCCCACGACAUUUAUCCUGGUGCUUUAUCACAAGUGGGAAUUCAAUGACUUUAUUAAAUUGAGUUCUUUCAGCAGAAAAAUGUUGGAGAAGCAUCGAGUCAUGUACACUCCAAGAGCUCCAAAUGGGACCCUUGAUAGAAAGGGGAAAAUGACAGCCUGGCCCCUCUCCAGGUUGUGGAGAGUCUCAGAUCCGAUACUGUUCCAAGUGACCUUGGUUGCUGCUCUGUUGGCCACUGUUCUUGGUGACUGUGGUCCACCACCCCAUUUACACUAUGCUUCUCCAGUAAAUGAGUUGAAUGAGACAAGCUUUAAAACUGGAACUGUUCUGAAAUACCACUGCCGUCCUGGCUACAGUAGGAGCAGUUCAAAAAAUCAGGUUCUUACCUGUAGGGCAGGAGGCACAUGGAACUAUAUUGUCUUCUGUGUCAAGAAACAAUGCAGCAACCCAGGAGAAUUACAUAAUGGGCAAGUGAUUGUUAACACAGAUUACUCUUUUGGAUCACGUAUAGAAUUCCGCUGUGUAGAAGGAUAUAUCUUAAUUGGCUCAACCACUAGUUAUUGUGAGGUCCGAGAUAAAACAGUUGCCUGGAGUGAUGCUUUCCCAGAAUGUGUGAUUGCCCAGUGUCAGGCCCCUCCAGACAUCAGCAAUGGGAAGCACACUGGUGGAAAUGAAGAUGUCUACACAUAUGGCUCUUCUGUUACCUACAGUUGUGACAGUGGCUUCUCAAUGUUAGGCAAAGCUUCCAUUGCUUGCACUGUGGAGAAUAAAACAAUAGGUGUCUGGAGCCCCAGCCCUCCUACUUGUAAAAAAAUCACCUGUCUUCAGCCACAUGUUAGAUAUGGAAAGAUAGUCUUGGGAUUUGGACCCACCUAUACCUACAAAGACUCUAUUGUAUUUGAGUGCAAUAAAGGUUUUAUCCUCAAAGGCAGCAGUUUAAUCCAUUGUGGAGAGGAUAACAACUGGAAUCCUCCUCCUCCCAUUUGUGAGCUCAAUGGUUGUACUGACUUACCAGAUAUCCCACAUGCUUCCUGGGAAAUGCGUGGCUCCCACAGGCCAACAAAAGAAGAAGUGUAUGAUGUUGAGACUGUGUUGAAAUACAACUGCCAUCCUGGCUACAAACCUGCUAAAGAUAAGCCCACGACUGUGACUUGUCAGAGAAAUUUUAGGUGGACCUCAUAUGUAGAAUGUGAGGAGGUAUGUUGCCCAGAGCCAAAGCUGAAGAAUGGCAGAAUCAUUCCACAGAGAAAAAGAGUUUUAGCCAGAAAUUGUGUCUAUUUCUAUGGAGACUCGAUUUCAUAUUCAUGUUCUGAGACACAAAACUUUGUAGCUUCAUGCCAAGGAGAUGGCACAUGGAGUCCUGAAACACCAACAUGUGAUCACGGUUGCCAUUAUCCUCCUAUCAUCGCCAACGGACAUUAUGAAAAAAUUAGCUCAUACUUAUCCAUUGUUAAUAAGGUUAAAUAUGAAUGUGACAAAGGAUACAUGCUGCAUGGACAGGCCACACUCUCCUGCAGUUCUUCGCGCUGGUCACAUGAAGCCCCACAAUGUAAAGCUCUAUGUCUGAAACCAGAGAUAGAACAUGGAAAGCUGUCUGUGGAUAAGCAACAGUAUAUUGAAUCUGAAAAUGUCACCAUCCGGUGUGAUUCUGGCUAUGGUGUGGUCGGUCCCCAAAGUAUCACCUGCUCAGAGGACAGAACCUGGUACCCAGAGGUGCCCAAGUGUGAGUGGGAGGUCCCUGAUGGCUGUGAGCGAGUUCUAGCAGGCAGAAACAUCACGCGGUGUCUCUCAAAUGUGGCAGAUGUGAAAAUGGCUCUGGAGGUGUAUAAAUUGUCCUUGGAGAUUGAACUCCUGGAGCUACAGAUAGAUAAGGAGAGGAAAUCCAAUUGAAUUGUUUCUAUUUUUCCCGAAGAGAGAGAAAAAGGUACCUUGGUACCUUCAAUUCAACAUGGAUCACUUUGGUUUAACAACUCUACCAUCCCUUUGGCCCCAAACUCAUCAUAAUAGAUAUCUAGAAAGGAUAAUUUGCUAAUUUUUAGUGCUUUGAGAUUAUAGAUCUUCUUGUGGCUCAGAUUUUCGCUUUUUAGAUGCAGAGUGUACUUUUUUCAAUUAAAAAACCAUAUCAAACCAUA